AUGGCCCCUUCUAAGGUCUGCUCUAAGGUGACCUCGAGCCAGGGCGGCCAACGUGGGCCUCAGAUGUCAUGGAACAAUACCAAUAUCAACACUGUACGCGACAACCAGCCCUCCGUCUCCACUCCCUCUCCUACUGCUCAAGCUGACACUAUCUCCGCACGUCAGCUGUGGCAGAUCAUCCUGCGCACCCAGCAGGUGAAGCUCGACCUGAACUUGGCUGAGAUCUCCGCUGCCUGGCGUAAGUGCCCCUUCCCCCCCCCCCCCCCGGUCACUAGCCAGUCCACACUAACACAUCUUCCAGCCACGGAUCCCCGCCCUACCAUCUUUGCACUGGAGCAGCAGCUUGCCGGUUUCCGUCGUCAUGCCCGUGCUGGCAACAGUAUGGUGUUGCAUCGCGGUGAUAUCAACGUCGCCAUGAGCGCCCAGGCCGCUGCCAACGCUCAAGCUGCCACCGCGAAUGCACACAGCUACGUCUUUUCCAUCAACGGUGGUGCCAAUGGCCAGACCACUAGCAACGCGCCUAUCCACGCUCAUCCUCCCGGCACUAUCCACGGCGUCCAGGGAAUGACAGGCCCUAGCAGUAGUGGUUUUCAUGCUGUGAAUAGUGGUAACGCGGGUGGGUGCUCCCUUCCUCCCUUGCAGAUCCACCGGGCUAAGGAGUCUCAGGUGCCACCCACGUCCGGCGAACGUCCCCUCGUCAGGCUGCUCGCUCCAGACCAGCCAGCCAGGGCUCUGGCGCUCAGCCGCACAAUGAGUAGUCGUCGUGUCGUGACUGCAGCUUACUGGCCUUAUCAUCCCGUGGCUCGUCGUCCCGUUCCCUAUUGUGACUGUGGCAGCUUGGAUUGUUUUCACUGCCACGAGAGGAUCAUGGCUCGGCGGUAG